AUAUCUUUACAUUUUGAAUACAUUUUUUUUUUUUUUUUGUUUCUAGAUGUUGUAUUUGUCAAACAACAGUUUAAUCGAAAUUCCUGACGAAGUUUUCAGUUGUUUAAUGUACUUGGAGUGGUUAGAUGUCAGAAAUAAUCAACUCUCUUCUCUCCCAGCUAGUAUCAAAGGGCACAUGUGCUUAGAAACGAUUCUACUUCAAGGAAACAGAGUGGAACAUCUACCGUUGGAACUUUGCACCUUGCCCAAUUUGAAGACCCUUCAAGUGACACAGAACCCGCUUGUCACACCGCCGAAAGAUAUCGUGGCCUCUGGUUGCGUGGCUAUUUUGAAAUUUUUACGAAUAGAAUGGAAUAAUGUGCAUCCCGGAGAACGGGUAGAAGCCAAGGAAAACGAAAUCGGACCAAAGUUGUCAACGAUUCUAUGUUAUCAAUCUCCACGAAAGAAUAAGAAGAAAAUUAUACCAUUGAAAAACACUAUUUCUAACAGGAACGUAUCUACAAGAGAAAAACGUAAAUCGUAUAAGCCCAGUAACAGGUAUUAUCAUGAAAAACCAAUAUUUCUGGAUAAUAACAAUUCUUUACAAAAAAUAUCUAAAUCUUUCUAUGAUUUCUAUUUACAAAAAGUAAACAAUUCCAAGAUCGAUAAAAAAUUAGAAUAUAAAUGUGUUUUGGAAAGUAUAAAUAGUUUUAACAAUAAGGAAAUCGACGAUGAAAUCGAUAAAAUGAAUAAUAAAGUCUUACAUUUGAUGGGCCCAUCUCCGAGAUCUCUUUAUGUCCGAAAGAAUAUAAAAAUUUUGAGAACUUACUCCAAUUCAAUGGAAAAAGAAUGUAGAAGUAUUAAUAAAAUUAAAACAGCUAUAUCGGAAAAUAAUACAUUAUUAGGAAACAGUAAGAGAUAUAAAGAUUCUACAGAAAAUUUUGAACGUAUUUUUCAUAUUGUUACAAACGAUGGAAAUAAAUUUAAAUUAAAUCCAAUGAGAUUAAACGAUCCAAACUGGAUGCUGUCAUGUUUAGAAAAUUAUGUAGGAAUAAAUAAAUAGUUGAAUUAUUUACAUAGUACAGAAACGAGUAGUUAAAGUAUUUAUGCACGUAAAUAAAUUAAGAAUAAAAAUUUCUUCUACUUAAAAACAGAAGCUUUUAGAUUAUAAAAUGUAUAAAAAAUUAAAUACUAAAAUUGAAUAUAUAUAUUUCAUUUCAAAAUAUGUUUAAAAUUAAUUAAUACCCUGUUAUCCUUUAAUAAGAAUUUUCAAUAAACUGAUGAUUUCUGCAGCUAUAUAUGUAUGCACAUAUAUAUGUUAUAUUGAAACGA